CUGGUAGUGGAUUGGUUGGAGAGUAUCGCCAAAGAUGAAAUCGGGGACUUCUCUGACAACAUUGAAUACUACGCCAAGUCUGUGUAUGGUAAGUAGCUGGAGUCAUUUUGAGAGACAAGCACUUCCGUGUUUUCUCAGUGUUGUAUGUAGUUUAGGAAGACCCCGUGUGACUUGGCUAAUAUUCUGUGUGUUUGACUUUCAGGGAGAAUACCCUUCAUGCUCUGAAACAGAGGAGAAACGCAUCCAGCACAGGCUUCAAUGUUCCCCUGGUUAUUGAGCUGGUAGGAGGGACUAUCUAGCUCUCAUACAUACACACACACUCUCACACACACACUCCCUCUCCUACAGACACAUGCUCUUGUGCCAUGAUAGGGAAUACGUUGUUUUACUUAGAACGUAAACUAACUCUGUCUGUCUUUAGGACCCUGACGCCCCCAUCAGACAGAAGCGUCCCCUGGCAGACCUGGACAGAGAGAAUGACGCCAGGCUGCUGAAGUACCUGUUCACCCUCCUCAGAGCGGGCAUGACUGACGAGGUGAGACACCGGCCGCCUCCCAAAUAACACCCUAUUCCCUGUGUAGUGCACUACUUUUGACCAGAGACCUCUUGGCUCUGGUCAAAAGUACAGCACUAUACAGGUAAUAGGGUGUUAUUUGAGACAGAUCUCAGUAUGGCUCCACCUGGUGGACGGGAGGGUAUACUGAGCUGAUUUCUAGUCUCAGUGACGUGUUUGUGUGUAGGCCCAGAGGCUUUGUAAGCGCUGUGGACAGGCAUGGAGGGCUGCUACUCUGGAG